AUGUCUGCCUCACUGCCACCCGAUCUGCGGGUUCUCAGCCGCAAACUUGUCUCAAUUCCGCCUACCCAGCUCCCUCACGCGCUCCCAUCUCUCAUCAACCACGUCCUACACUGCAAGGAAGCAUUGUCAGAGCCUUCCGGCAAGGUUAACAGCAGCUCUUCCGAGGCCGCUCAGCUCGUUCACAAGAUCAAGACAAGUAUCACAACUCACUUGAAUGGGCGCAGCCGUGAAGCUCGGUUCGCAGCUGUCGCACUCAUCAAGACUGUGGUGGACGUUGGUGGAUGGGAGGCUCUGCGAGGUUGUCAACCAUGGGUCACUGGACUUAUGUCUGUAGUUGAUAAAAGCGACCCCGUUGCUUCAAAAGAGCUGGCUAUUGUAACUCUUACACGCAUCUACAUCUCAGUCCAGCCGUAUCAGACUCUGGUCCGAGAGAUUGCCACCCCGACAAUCCCAGCUUUUGUCACAUCUUGCAUCAAGCUCAUCAGCACUCCCAAGAAUGGCGACAAGCUUCAAACACCUAUAUCCGUCAUCGAGACCAUCUGCGACGCCAUCUCAGCUUUGAUCCCUCUUUACCCAACCACCAUCCGUCCUUCAAACUCCAAGCUUAGAACCGCUGUCAAGCCAUAUCUCGCUCCCACGCAGUCAGACGAGAUUGCUGUUCCGCAAAGUCUUCAGCGAGCUUCGCGAAAACUUGUCAUCUUGCUUCACCAUGUCGCAGCGAAGUCAGGAGGCAGCGAUGAAUGGGCCAAGCUGGUCAGCACUCUUCUCAAGGAUCUUCACUCUACAGCUGAUCAGGUCCUGAGGCCGGUAAAGGAGUCUUGGGAGGGAUCAAACGGGUUCACUCGGUCGCAAGUUGAGAGUGACGGCGAGCCUCACGGCGGUGGCUCAUCCGCAGACGAGCUCCCAUCAUGGUCGGGCCAAAACGCCGGCGUUGAUCGCUUGAUUGGUCUUUUCCAAUAUCUCUCCGAUUGUCUACGAUAUCCUACAAAGGCACCCGUCACAAUACCUACCAGCGCACUAAUUGACGCUGCGUCCCGAUUACUCCUCAUUGCUAGGCUCUCGCCUAAAUCCCAGACGUGGGAUCAAGCACUUCAGACCAAUGCAGCGAUUUCUCGGGAGGAGAAGGAGGACCUCUGGGCGGCGCUUCCAGAUAUCCAUGUUGCUGCUCUGCACCUCAUCGAAGCUCUGUUCCAGCGUCUGGAGAAAAACGCUGUGUCUAUUACUCCUGAGGUCCUUGACCACCUUGUUCGAGUAUUCAAGUCAGGCAUCAACCUUCCCACAGUCCGAACAACUGGCUACACCGUCCUCAAGAAUAUCUUGAUCAUUUCAGGCCCAACCCUGUCCAAGUUCUCCGUUAGCAGUCUCGAUCCUCUCCUCGGCGCUUGCUGCCGCGACUUGCAGCAAGACGCAGGGCACCUCAAGGAGCCUGAGAAGCCAGCGGCAUCUAGCACCGACAGCAAGAAGAACAGCGUCGCCGCCAACGCUGACCUCUUCCUCCAGCCUCAAGCUACCGCCAAUGUCACCAAUCCUUCUCUCGAGCCCAAGCACAAGGCUGCUGCCAGUAGUCUCCUGUCUGUUAUCCUGUCACACCUACCUCAGCGACAUAUCAAGGCUUCCCUGCGAGGUCUCGUUGAUCAAACAGCCAUUCUCACGAGUAACCGUGAUGCCAUGCUUGCCAGUGUUCUCAACCCAUACAAGGACCAGCGUGGCCGAGUGUAUCCCAGCAUUCUACCCCAUCUCACUCAGCAGUUCCCUGACGACAAGGGUCUUGAGAUCCUGCGCAGCAACAUUCGCGCGGGCGCCCAGAGUCUUGCCGAGGGUGAAGAGCCACUUAAGGAACUUCCCGUAGAGGAUGAAGAGGAGGAGGAAGUCCUGGACGAGGUGAUGCAGGACGGCGAUAACGAGGAUGAAGCGGUUCCCGAGAAGAACGACGACCUGUUCAAGCCAGGAACGCUCCCUGAAGCUCCCCAUGCUGAGAAAAACCUGCCUAUCCAGAGCAACCCCUUUGCUCCUAUCGAAAAGGCCAACAGUUCAGUAACAAAGAACGCCUUUGCCCGAGCAGCUUCACCGCCCAAGCGAAAGCACGAGGGGUCAGACUCUGCGCCUCCGAAGAGACAGGUCCUGGAAAAGUCCUCAUCACCUGAUCGAGUUCUCCCCGCGCCUAUCCAGAGCGUCCCAGUUGUAGCUAAGGAAGUUGAGGAGGAGGACGACGACGAUGACGAUGACGAAAGUGUCCAUCUAAAUAUGGAACUGGAUGAUGAUGAGGAAGAGGAUGACGAGGAGUAA